CUCGAUCCCAAAAAAAAAACUCUCUCUCUCUAGAAUUUGAGGAUACCGAUUUUCUCACUCAAGUCGUAACAGAUCUGAAUAAUUGGCCCAGCUGUAUAGGAACAAACAGAACCAUAUUUGUGUUGUAUUUUGCACCCUUCAGCUCCAAACCCUAACCUUUGCCCUCUUCCGAAACUGUAGGGCUUGGCCAUGGCUUCUGGUACGCCCAUCACCAACACCAGAAGCCAGAAAGUGAAGAAAAUCUUCCUCCAAUUUGAUGCGAACAAAGAUGGAGGCCUCAAUCGAGAAGAAAUGGCCUCUCUGGUUACUGCGGUAAACCCUAGAGUCAAGUUCAGCGAUGAACAGAUCAACGCCAUUUUGGAUGAAGUUUUUAGAACCUAUGGUGAAUUCAUUGAAGGGGAUAGGGGAUUAACGUUUGAGGGUCUUCUUCGAACCUACGAUGAUGGUGCGGGUGAUGUUGAUAGGGAUUUUGAUGCGUUAGGUUUAGGGUUUGAUUCAGAGCCAUCUGCGGUUUCAGUGGCCUCUUCGUCGUCAAUUGCAGACGAGAGGACAAACCCUAAUCCUAACCCUAACAGGCAGCAUGCAGUGGCUGCUUGGGCUGCGUCUCCAAGCCAUGGAAUCAUGUAUGACGUGACAUGGAAACUGGUUGAUGACCUAGGAAUUAUAGUGAAGAGGUUGAAGGUGAAGCAGAUGAAGGAUGGGAAGAUAAAGGGCGAAACUUUUGGUGAUGGCUUCUCAGAUCCUGGUUGGUCUCGAGAGCUUGGCUCUGAGUCAGAGAGUGGAGCUUCAAAGAGAGUCUUUUGGGAAGAGAGUGGCCAUGACUAUGGCGUUUUCUUGAAGGAUUUAGCAGGUUUAAGGAGCAGAGCUGAUGGUUCAAAAACUAGAGAAGAAGCUUUUGAUGGUCACAUGGCGAUAGGUAGGGUUUUGUAUGAUCACCAAUUGUUCAAGGAAGCUCUGGUAAGUUUCAAGAGAGCUGCAGAGUUACAACCCAUUGAUGUUAGGCCUCAUUUUAGAGCAGGGAAUUGCUUGUACGCCAUUGGUAAGUUCUCUGAAUCAAAAAAUGAGUUUGUUUUGGCUCUUGAAGCAGCGGAAGCUAGUGGAAACCAGUGGGCCUAUCUUCUCCCUCAAAUUCAUGUCAAUUUGGGGGUUGCAUUAGAGGGAGAAGGAAUGCUUCUCAGUGCUUGUGAGCAUUACAGAGAAGCUGCAAUUUUGUCUCCAAACCAUUACAGGGCUUUGAAGCUUCUGGGUAGUGCUCUUUUUGGGGUGGGAGAGUAUAGAGCUGCAGAGAAAGCCCUAGAAGAGUCUGUGUUCUUGAAGCCAGAUUAUGCGGAUGCCCACUGUGAUCUAGGCUCUGCUCUCCAUGCUAUGGGGGAAGAUGAGAGGGCAAUUCAGGAAUUUCAGAAGGCAAUUGACCUGAAACCUGAUCAUAUAGAUGCUUUGUACAACCUUGCUGGUCUCUUUCGUGAUGUGGGUAGAUACCAGAGGGCCUCAGAAAUGUACAGCAGGGUUUUAUCGGUGUGGCCAAGCCAUUGGAGAGCUCAGCUCAAUCGAGCCGUGUCUCUUUUGGGGGCUGGAGAGGCUGAUGAGGCUCGAAAGGCCUUGAAAGAGGCUUUCAAGAUGACCCAUAGGAUUGAAUUGUAUGAUGCGAUUGGGCAUCUCAAGCAAUUGCAGAGAGAGGCAGCAAAGAAGCAGAGCUCAAAUGGAGAGGCAGGUUUUAUUGUAGUGGAGGCCUCUAAGUUCAAAGCAAACAAGAACAAGGCCACCCCAAGACAAGAGCUUGGUCAUGCUCUCCAAAUCAGGUCUUUUCAGAGGCUUACAAGACUGGGGAGUUGUAAUGUAGAGCUUCUAAAGAAGGAAUUGGGUGAGAGCCAGGUACCUGUUUCGUAUUCAGGAAGUGGGGCACCUGAGAAAUCAAUUAGGAAGGCAGCAUUGGAGGGGUUUAUUCGUAAAUUGCUCCAUUCCCUAAAGGCUGAGACUUUUCAAGGGGCAAUGAGGGCAAUCAAUGAGAGGAUUUUGGUUGUUUUGGAUGGUUCAGGCUCUGGUAGGGUCGAUAUGGGCAUGUUUUGUGCAAUCCUUGCGCCCAUAUGUGCAGGUACACCUGAAAAAAGAAAGCGUGCGGUCUUUGAUGCCCUAAUUUGGCGCGCUGUUGAAGAGGCAGGGGGCCAAAUUAGGAAAACUGACGCUGAUAUUUAUAUCAAGCUCUUGAGGGCAGUUUACCUUCCCAUGACAGGGAUUAGCGAUUUGAUGGAGGUUAAUGGAGAGAGCGAUGCUUCAAUGGUUUCUUUCCCUGAGUUUCUUGAGAUGUUUGAUGAUCAAGACUGGGGUUUCGGGAUCAUGAAGACUCUUUUGAAGCUUGAAACUAGUGAUAGAAUACGCCAUGGCCACCAUGUGUGUGCAGUUUGUCGAUACCCCAUCAUUGGGCUGAGGUUCAAAGAGUUAAAGGCUCGUUUGAGCCUUUGCAGUACCUGCUAUAGUGAAGGGAAAGUGCCUUCUGCCUGCAAACAAGAGGAAUACACAUUUGAAGAGUUCGGUAGUGAAUCUGAGUCCAUAAGAGAGAAGUUCCAUUCUUGUGGUUUGCGCUCUCAAAGCUCUCCCACUGAUCCGUAGUUUAAUUGAUGUAUUGCAGAAUGUUCUUUGUUUCUUUUCCCUUCACGAAUGUAGUGAUUGGUGGCCUUGUAAUUUACUUGGCAAAUUGUUCCUCUUGUAUGAAGCAGAGUAGUGAUGUCUUAAGUGUAUGGUCUUUAUCUCAUGUCCCCCAUUGUACAUUGUAUAUUAAGGAAUUUGCUCAUAAUUCUUUUGUA